GCGUCCAUUUGUCAAACGCUUAUUGCUUAUUUACUUUUGUGACAUUUGUUUAUCAAAAAUUUUUAUUUUUAAUUUUUACAAAGGAAUAUUUCUUUUUUAGGUCAUCCAAUUGCUUAUUUGGAAUAGCGCCAUGAGUGGUCCCCGCAUGGGCAAUCUUGGUCAAAUGAACGGAAAUCGUAGGCCUAAUCCAUCCCGUAUGAAUUACCACGAAAGUAGACAAGGAUCCUCUUACCAAGAUCACAGGCCUGCUUACCAAGAUCACAGACAAAUAUCACAUGAAGGAAGGCACGACAGCAGACCGCACGAUUCAAGACAGUACGAUCACAGACAACAUGAAAAUAGGCAGUCGUUUACGCAUCAACAAAUGCCUCAACCGACUUCAAUGAAUUCACAGCAUGACGAAUUGAUUAAAUAUAUUUACGAGUCUUGGUCGAAAAUUGAAUUAGAUAAGGCUUCUAAUAAUGCUUUUUAUUAUCAGGAGCAUGAGAAUCAUCAUUUGAAGGACUUUCGCCCAUUUGAUCUGGAAGCGUUCUGGGGUAGAAAGGUGCAUGCCACUCAUCAGCAACAUUUGUCAUAGCAACUUUAUAGUAUACACUAAUUUACACUACUUUUAUGCAUUAUUUAGUGUUGAUUCUCACACUAUAUUAUAUAAAACAAAACAUAAAAAUUGUGUAAUUUUGGUGAGUUUUUUAGAUUAUGAUUGUUUUGAAUUAUUAUUAAUUUUUGAGUGUCAAUUUUACAAACUUUUUAUUUUAGGUUUUAAGACUUAGGGCAGUAUUGUAAUAGCUAUGUAAUCAUUUAAAAGUUAGAAAAAAAAACAAUAUUGUAGCUGCUCAUUAUUUACACCAUUUUACUACUAUUUUUUAGUAGAAUUAAUUGCUUUGUGAAAAGUAGCAGUAAUUAUUGUACAGACAAAUUAAUUGUAUACAAUUUUUUAGUUCGAGUUCUACAAAUAUUAGGCUUUUUACUCAGUAUUGUAAUUAUUAUUAUUAUUGUUUUUUUGACAUUCCCCAUUUUUUUUCUACAUGAAUAUGUAAUUUUAUUGUUAAAAAUAAAAACUU